AUGGCGUCUCUUACCAUCCGCAACCUUACUUCUCGGCCCGUAGCCCUCAAGCGCAUCGAGCGCUUCGAGGCCGAGAAGGUUCGCACCGGGGAUGUCUUUGGCAACACCCUUGGCACCAUCACCUCCUUCAUCAAUGCGACGAACUUCACAACAAAAGAAACGGUCGCCAAGGGGGAAUCCCAUACGACGGAGGAUGUAGACGUCCAUGUUGACCCUUUCACAAUUAACGCCACGGAUAUCCGCGCCGCAGACACGGGUGGCCAAGAGGUCAUCCGGCUCCAGUUCGAAAUCGAGGGCCACCGUUAUGAGGUCGACGCUCCGAGCCCCUCCAAUCGUACCUCUAUCAUGAAGAAGCUCGACGAUGCGCCCCUCGAGCUUACAGCUGUUUAUAUACCGGCUGGCGCUUUCCUAGCCAUCAUGUCUUCUGCAAAUCUCAAUGCCUGGAUGCAUGAGUUGCAAGACCACUACCCGCUCUCUCUCCUCUCUGUCCCUGGCACCCACAACUCGCCAACAUGCCACACAGCGCUGCCCUCGGUGCGUUGCCAGGCCGUUGGCGUCCGCGAGCAGCUUGACAACGGUGUGCGCUUCCUCGACAUCCGCGUCUCCGUGAACCCAGACAACGAUGACCUCGCCCUCGUGCACUCCGCUUUCCCUAUUUCUCUAACGGGUAACAAAUAUUUCGCCGACAUGCUUUCGGAUAUCUACGCCUACCUUGACGCUAACCCCUCUGAGACCGUCCUCAUGUCUGUCAAGCGCGAGGGCACGGGCAAAGGCAACGACGAGCAACUGAGCCACUAUCUGCGCGACCGCUACGUCGGCCGUGACGCUCACCGUUGGUUCAUUGAACCGCGCAUCCCGCAUCUCGGCGACUGCCGUGGCCGCAUUGUGCUGAUUCGUCGCUUCGGCCUCGAAGAGUCUCUACGUGGCGAGCAUGAUGGUAGGGGGUGGGCCAUUGACGCCCAGCACUGGCCCGACAACUGCGAGGACGGCACCGUCGGCGGCGGCCUCAUCCGCGUCCAGGACUUUUACGAGAUUGACCAGUCGACCAACGUCGAAAAGAAGAUCAAUUUCUCUCGUGGCCAGCUUGAGCGCGCAGCCGAGCAGUUCUUCCACCUCCCGGGCAUGCCUGAGUUCAACGCCGACGCUCCGCCACUACCCUUCUUCGUCAACUUCUUGAGCGCCAGUAACUUCUUCAAUGCCACCUGCUGGCCUGAGCGCAUCGCUGCCAAGGUCAAUCCCGCCGUUAUCGAGUAUCUUUGUAUGAGCCACGGCGAGCCGGGCAAGGGCCCUCAUCAGCUCAACGUGGGCGAUGCGGCUACAGGCAUCAUUGUCACCGAUUGGGUCGGGGCCAACGGCGACUGGGACUUAAUCAGAUGCAUUGUUGGGAUGAACGCACGGUUACAGCUUAAGCAUUAG